CCUACAUCGACAGUUGACGUUCCAAUAUCUAAAAUUCUCACAAACGCUGCUGUUUACACUAAAUUGGUGGUAUGUUUGAACGGUUGUUUGGUUAUUUGCAACUCUUGGUGCAGAAAAAUUUCCCACUUUAUUUUUGAAAAUACGACUUCGUAAUAAUUUACUGUGGUCUGUGGUCACUUGGCAGUAAUGACGAUAUUCAAACUCGAACGCUUCCCACAUGUCUGCCGGUCAUGUCUUCAACCAAAAGCGGAAGAAAAAAUGUACGAUCUAAAUGGACACAGCGAGAAACACGGUUCCAAGCUAAUAGAUCUACUGGACGAACUAACAUUCCCUAUUCCACAAGAACUGAAUAAUUUAACACCCAACAGCAUAUGUGCCGAUUGUUUGGUCGAACUGGACCGAAUUGUGGAGUACAAAAAACGAAUCAAUUACGUUUUGAAGUUCAUAUUUGGUUUAGCACAACUCAAAAAGGGCAAUGUAACUACAUUAAAGGAGUUAUUCAGUGAUGACAAAGAUGACAUAUUAACACUUUUGAAGAAGCUCGGUGUUCUGAACAAAGAUGAUCUUCGUUUUGAGGAUUUACUUGGGGAGUUCCCUCAAUACGACAUCAGUUCAAUAACGGACGUCAAAAGAGAAAGCCAAGAAGAAGAUUUUGAAAUAGAUUUCCUAGAAGAUUCUCUAGUAAAAGUGGAAGUAGACGAGGGAGGAUUGAUAGUUGAAUAUUUGGAAACCGCCGUCAAACGUAAGAGAGGUCGUCCCAAAGCCAAACAUGACGAAAAUUCGAAGCCUAAGAAAAAAGUCGGUCGACCCAGAAAGGAUGUCGAAGCAUCUGGUGAUGAAAAAUCAUUUAACAAUGAAAUUUUUCCCCAAACGGUUGUGAUCGAAGAAGACGAAGAAUUAGAUGAAAAUGAUUUGAUUAUCGAGCGACUCUCGAAUGCUUCGGAACACUUUGCCGGUCAGGAUUUAAGCGAGAUGCUAGGAAAUACAGAUGGACAUUUUGAGGAAGGUUCGGAUUCUGAUGGGGAAUUUCAGCUGGAUGAAUCGUUGCUGGCAGAGAGUAGACAGAGAAAACACCGACGCAUGGCCUCGCGGGGACAAAGGAAAAGUGAACUGCAGCAUUGUCCUAAGUGCAAGUUCAAAACGUAUUAUCCUAAAACAUUCGAAGUUCAUAUGCAGAAACAUCUACAGCGGGAGAAAUACCCUUCAAUGCAACGAUGCAAACGUUGCGAUUUGCAGUUCGAAACGAAAAAGGACCUGGACAAACAUAAGCGCCUGGAGCAUCGUGACUUUAUGUGUGAUACGUGCGGGUUAUCAUUUGAGCAGAAGUUUGCUUUGGAAACACAUCGGAAGCGACAUGAAAAUAUUCGUCAAUUCAAAUGCGAAUACUGUCCUAUGGAAUACUACACGCGUCCGGAAAUGUUACUGCAUGUCAAACAGGUACAUCUGAAUGCUUUCCAGGUGAAAUGUACGGAAUGUGGACUGAGCUUCAAGACGAAGUCGACUCUGAACCAGCACAUAAAAACGCAUACGAAUCAGCGAACGCACACGUGUAGUGUGUGCGGAUACGGAUUCAAAUCGUACACCCAUCUAAACCGGCAUAUCAAAUCGGUUCACCAGGACGUUCGAUACAACUGUGAGCAUUGUGAAAUAUCGUACGGACGAAAAGAUAAAUUGCGCAUGCACAUGGAGAAAGUUCACAAUAUUCAAACAUACUUUGUUUGCGAGAUAUGCCUGCAAUCGUAUAAUACUAAAGAUAAAUUGGAAGAGCAUAAAAAUCAUCAUGAAAACCCAAAACCUUUACAGUGUGGCAUUUGUCUGGCAGCCCACAUGAUGCAGGAAGAGUUCGAUAACCAUCUUUGUAUUACCUACAAAGAAAAUUACAUUUGCUGCAGCCGCGACUUUAAGUAUCAUUUCUACUACAACAAGCAUAUGUUUUUAGUUCACGGUUUGAAAACAAAUGUACGUGUCAAACCGACGGAAGGACUUCUUCUCGGACAAGUUCGAGCUAUGAGGAAACAAGCCGAGCGCUGUCCGAAGUGUGAGAUGGAAUUUCCAACACGAAAUCAGAAGAAACAGCACAUGCUAUCCUGUCGAGGACAAAACCCUAUCUUAGCGACUCACAGUUCCAACGAUGAAACAUCAAUGGUCACCACAGCUCAGGUCCCACUUGGUCCGGCUUCUACGGCGACUACUGCCACCACCUACGAGAUAGAAUACAUUGAUAACUAUGAUAAUAAGGAUUUAGUCGUUCAUAAAGUAGAAGUGGUUUGAUCGGUAGGGAAAUAAAAAAAUCACGUGGCUUUGCAUAAUCAUACUUUGCUAGCUUUUCCUGUCACAUGGAGCAUCUUAACGUUGAAAUAUACUUUCAUAUUAAAUAGAAACAAUAAAUAUUAGAUCGGAUCUAAAUCGAUGCGAUAGCA